CCUCUUCCCCCCUCAUCUCCAUGUCUAGCCCUGCUUCUUCUGCAGCAUCUUCAGCCAUGGAAUCCUUCAUUUUUCUCUUCACAUUACUAGCUCUUGGGAGCUGGAUUCCGGCUUCUGAGGCUAGAGCCUUCUUUGUUUUUGGUGAUUCUCUUGUUGAUAAUGGCAACAAUAACUAUCUGGCAACCACUGCUCGGGCUGAUGCACCACCCUAUGGAGUUGAUUAUCCGACGCAUAGGCCAACAGGGCGUUUCUCAAAUGGCUUAAAUAUUCCAGAUAUUAUCAGUGAACAAAUUGGUGCAGAGCCUACAUUGCCUUAUUUGAGUCCAGAGCUGCGUGGGGAGAGAUUACUUGUGGGUGCUAAUUUUGCUUCAGCUGGCAUUGGAAUUUUGAAUGAUACAGGCAUUCAAUUUUUUAAUAUCAUAAGAAUCACGAAGCAGCUGGAGUACUUCGAGCAGUACCAGCAGAGGUUGAGAUCUCUGAUUGGUCCAAAGCAGACUCAACGGCUACUCAACAACGCACUUGUUCUGAUAACUCUGGGGGGGAAUGACUUCGUCAACAACUAUUAUUUGGUGCCUUACUCCGCCAGAUCUCGAGAGUUCUCUUUGCCUGAUUAUGUUCAUUACCUCAUUUCUGAAUAUAAGAAGAUCCUUCAGAGACUCCACGAGUUGGGAGCCAGGCGUGUUCUGGUCACCGGAUCCGGUCCACUCGGCUGUGUGCCGGCCGAGCUUGCACAAAGAAGCCGGACCGGCGACUGUGACCCGGAGCUCCAACGGGCCGCUGCUCUCUACAAUCCUCAGCUCGCACAACUUUUGAAGGAUCUCAACGGUCUGAUCGGCACUGACGUUUUCAUCGCAGCGAAUGCUUUCCAAAUACACAUGGGCUUCAUCACCAACCCACAAGCCUACGGUUUUGUAACCUCAAAAGUUGCAUGUUGUGGGCAAGGACCAUACAAUGGGAUUGGCCUUUGUACUGUGGCCUCAAAUCUGUGCCCUAAUAGAGAUAUUUAUGCCUUCUGGGAUGCCUUCCACCCAUCAGAGAGAGCAAGUCGCAUUAUUGUCAGCCAUAUGAUGAUUGGUUCAGCUGAGUUUAUGAAUCCAAUGAAUUUGAGCACCAUUUUAGCCAUGGAUGAGAAGGCUUGAUUGGACUAAAUGUGAGCUUUGGAUGAAGCUUUGAAUAAAUUUGUCAGGGUUUGGUGUGAAGUGAUCAUUAACGGUGUUAUAUUUGAAAAUAAUCCGUGUGUUUUUGUCCAAGUUUUAAUUAGUUUAUGGUGUUUGUUAUUUCUAUAAUAUAGCAAAAACUUGCAUUGAAUUUUUAA